AUGUUCAUUGAUGGUUCAAUAUUCACUCGUCUUCAGCACCACCGGAGCUACCAGGUCUUGAAGGUCUACCAAAAAUUCUUCCCAGGAGCCGUCCAAAAGUUCUCGGGGAAAACUGAAGAAGGAAAACUGAGCGAGCAUAUUCGCCUAUUCAUGCAAUCGACAAUUAUACGAAGUGGUACUACAGUGCAGAGCUUGAGUGCUCGCGGAAAGUUACGCGAAGCAUCUCGCACGGGAGCGCAGAGGCUCAUUGGCUGCCCUAAGAAACCUUUCAGCAGAGAGCUGGAUCCCUGCGGAAAGCAUGCAAAUGAUGCAAUUGGUCAAAUACUGUACUGGUAA